AAGAAAAAAAAGAAAGCCCCAAACAUCAGCGGUAAGAAAGAAGGCGCCUUUCAUCUGAAGGUGGCAGGGUUUGAAGUGCGUUAGAGAGAGAGAGAGAGAGAGAGAGCGAGGAGAGCAGGUGUGUGAAGCGAAAAUGAUGUUGAGAACACCGCCUCCAAGAAAGCGGAGGGCCGAUUCGAGGCCACCUGAAAGCCCUACCUCCGAUCAUCAACUCGUCAUCUUCGAAGAUCUUCCAGUGCCAGAAUCGUCUCACCAUCAUUCCGACCAAAUGCUCUGCACUUAUCAAUGUCGUCAGAUGGUUAAAUCGGAAUUCUUUGAUGCUUUAAGUAGUGCAGAGAAGCAAGCACAUGACUAUCAAUCUAAAUUUGAGGCACUAAAUGAUGACUUCUGCAAGGCUGAAUCUGAGAGGAAGAAACUUAGAGAUAAAUUCUUUUAUACGGAACAAGAACUUGCUGGUACUAAAGGACGGGAGCAGGCGUUACAAGAGCAGCUACUGAAGGAGGUCACUGAUUCUCAGGAAAGAAUGAAGAAACAAAUACAAGCAUACAGUGAGCUUGAGGUGAAGCUCCAAAGUGAAAUGAAUCUUCGCAAAAAAGCUGAGGCCUCAGCAGCUUUAGCUGAAGAGAAGGCAAGCCUUUCAGAAGGGAAACUGAGCAGUCUUUCUGAAAGCAUCGAAAGGGAAAAGAAACAUUUUCAUGAUGAGCUUCUACAUAUGAAAAGGGAAUCAAAAUUUUCAAUUUCUAGAAUAAGUGCAGAUCUUGAAAGGAUGAAAUGCAGAGCGAAUAAUGCUGAAAACGAAUCGGUGCUGCUGAAGCAGCAGCUUGAAGAACUUAGAAAUCGGCUUAAUGAGAGCUUGCACCAGAAGAGUGAACUAGAGAAGAAAUUAUCGAGUUUCACAUUUCAAGAAGUUCCUUCCACAAACAGUGAUAUUUUGGUGAAGCAUUUGCAAGAAGAGUUACGGAUUUAUGAGUCUGAAGUGCGAGAAGCAAGGAAGUUAAAAUGUUCUCAUGAAAAUUUUGAGUUAUUGAAGGAGAAACUUUUGGAGGAAAAGCGCCGGAGGGAGAGGGCAGAAUCGGAAUUAUUUAAAUUAUCAGAUAUACAGUUGAGCAUGAAGAAGUUGGAGGAUGAAUUAUCUUCUUGGAAGAUGUUGGUGAAGGACCUUCCUGGUGUAUCAUGCGCUGAGGAUAUGCCUCUCAAGUUUGCAGCUUUACAAAAAGAGGUGGUUGAAAGCAUGGGGAAGGUGGGUGAGGCCAAUGCACACUUGAAACAAAUGGAGGUUGCUUUGGAUGUUGCAGAACUUGGUAAACAAAAUGCUGAAGCUGAAGCUGCAUUGGCCAGAGAGAAUGCAGAAGCUUCAAAAUCAGAGCUCAAGCGGAUUGAGUUGAUGCUUUCUUCUGUUACUGAGGAAAGAGAUCAAUUAAAAAAUGUCAUUGAUGAAUUGAAGAAGCACAAGAAUGUUGAAGCAGGGGGUGAUAUAGUGAAUGGAGCUCUUUUUCAGGAGCUUGAAUCAUGUCUUGCCAAAAAGGAAUACUGUCUCAAAGAAUUGGAAAGUAAUUUAUGUGAACAAAAAGAAAUCAAUACGCGUCAGCACAAUGAAAUAAAGGUGCUCACUGAGAGAUUAAAUAAUGAAGCAAGAAGAAUAAAGUCAUUAGAGAGGGAGGGUGAUCGUCUUCGUUCUGAAAUUUCUCUAUUGGAGUCCAAGCUGGGUCAUGGUGAUUUUUCAUCUGCAAAUACCAAAGUUUUGCGAAUGGUGAAUACCCUUGCAGUUGACAAUGAGGCAAAACAGACAAUAGAGACUUUACAAAGUGAAUUACAGAAGACAAAGGAGAAGCUGCAAGCUGUUGAAGAAUUAAAAAAACAAUCAGCUGGUGAUGGAAAACUUGUAGACUCCUAUAUUUCUGGCAAGAUUUUGCACUAUAAGGAGCAAAUUGCAACACUUGAAAAACGCGAGGAAAGAUACAGGACUGUUUUUGCAGAUAAAAUCUCAGUGUUCAGAAGGGCAUGCUGUGAACUUUUUGGUUAUAAGAUUGUAAUGGAUGAUCACAAGCGUUCUGAUGGAAUUCCGGUUACGCGUUUUACUCUCCAGUCUAUAUAUGCUCAAAGUGAUGAUGAAAAGCUUGAAUUCGAAUACGAAUCAGGAAAUACAAACAUUUUGGCAAAUGAUUACACCUCGCAGCCUGAGAUAUCCCAUCAGGUUGAUAUAUUUAUUAGGAAGUUAAAUUCCAUCCCGGCUUUUACUGCCAACUUGACUGUGGAGUCCUUCAACAAGCGAACUCUUUCUUGAAAUGUAAGAAUCUUGUCCUUGUAGGUCUUGAAAAUUGUAUGAUUGAAUUUGCAGUUGCAUUUGGAGUACUAGAAAUGUAUAUCUGUAUCGGCUUCCCUUUGUUAUCAUCCAAAUCAGUCUGGUAUAAUGCUGUAAAGCAAUAGGUGAAACUAUGUUUGUUUUCAUUUUUAAUGGACUGACUUUACGCUAAUUUUUGAAAAGUUUGUUAAAGUUUUUAUGA